GUCUCUUGCAAAAGCUCAGACGCCCUCUAACCCCCCUGACUGACAAAGUCGGCAACAUCAACAACACAUGUAGCCUGACGAAAAACAUGGACAGUGACUGGACUUUUUAGACUGAAGAUAACAACAGACAAAAGGAGCUGAUGACUUUGAGACAACCUCCUGACUAGUUGUUCAUAAAUAUUAUUGUUAUUAUUCACAUUAUAAGUCGAAGCAAAAUGGAUCUUACAGCCAAACACGGGCUGGUGCUACUUGACCAGCUGAGGAAGAUGAGGGAGACUGAGCAUCUGACAGAUGUGGUGCUGGUUGCUGAGGGCAUCAGCUUUCCCUGUCACCGGGUUGUUCUAGCUGCCUUUAGCCCAUAUUUCCGUGUUAUGUUUACAUGCGGUCUGCGCGAGUGCAACAACAGAGAAAUAUUUCUGCGUGACACCCCUGCAGACAGCCUGGCCCUCCUAUUGAACUACAUGUACUGCUCAGAUCUUCCUCUCACUAAUGCCAACGUACAAGGCGUCUCUAUUGCAGCUUUUCUCCUUCAGAUGGAUGACGUCUUCACUCGCUGCCAGCAACACAUGACCGAUAACAUGGAUGCCUCCAACUGCCUUGGUGUGUAUUACUUUGCACGUGACCUCGGGGCAGAGGACCUGGCUGACCAUGCUCAGCGCUACCUGAGACAGCACUUUGUACAAGUCUGUCAAAACGAGGAGGUCCUGGAGCUUGAGGCCCAUCAGCUGGGAAAGCUACUAUCUUCUGAUGACCUUAAUGUUUCAAGAGAAGAGAGCAUCUUGGAUGUGGUCCUUCGCUGGGUCCAACACAGCACUCUGAUGGAUGGAGAGGUCCGUAUUCUGCACCUUCCUGAGCUCCUGAGGAAGGUCCGUCUGCCACUUAUAAACGAUGUCUAUCUAAGAGAGGUGAUGAAAAGGAACACAGCCUUGCUCUCUGAUGCUGAAUGUCUAGAAAUGAUCAAUGAAGCCUUGGAGGCCACAUCAAUGCAUCCCUCAGCUGCACCACGCAAACUAAAGCUACGUUACGGCAUGGAGACCACAGACCUGCUGCUCUGUGUCGGCAAUGACAGUGAUGGGAUUAGGUCAAGAUAUGGCAGCUAUGCUGAGCGCAGUUUUUGCUAUGCUCCAUCCACAAGCCGAACCUUCUACAUCACUUCACCUCGCUAUGGGGAGGCUCUGGGUCACGUGUGUGCCGGGGUUGUAACUGAAAGAAAUGACAUUAUAGUGGCAGGAGAGGCAGGUGUACGCCGAAUGGCCCGACAGAAGGACAUAAAUGUUGAGAUUUUCAGGUACAAAGCAGAGGCCCAAGGAAGCUGGGAGCGCCUGACGUCAGCGGAGUACCGUGAUUCAUACGCUCUGGAAUCACUGGGUGACACUUUAUACCUGCUGGGUGGGCAGAUGAGGCUGAAGAACCAGUUCCUCAUUACAAACUGUGUGGAGCGAUGGUCUCUGCAUGGUGGACCCUGGCGCAGUGCAGCACCCCUGCCUCUUCCUUUGGCCUAUCACAGCGUGGUCAGAAUGAAAGAUCGCCUUUAUGUGAUGGGUGGUCGAACACCACAGUCAUACCGAAUGGAUGAUGAGCCUGACCGUCUUAGUAACCGUCUCCUGGAGUACGAUCCAAACACAAAUAAGUGGACAGAGUUAGGUCCCAUGAAGUAUUCAAAGUACCGCUGCAGUGCUGUUGUACUCAAUGGUGAAAUUUUCUCGAUGGGAGGUAUUGGGUGUGAGGGUGUGGACCGUGGCCAAUCACGCCACUGCCUCGAUGUGGUGGAGAUCUACAACCCAGAUGGAGAUUACUGGAGGGAUGGCCCUUCUCUUCCAUGUGCACAACUCUCACUGCGCACCAAUGCCUCUAACGCAGGAGUGGUAGGAGGCAAGAUUUAUGUUUGUGGAUACUACAAAGGGGCAGACCGUCAUGAUAACAUAACAAAGGACAUUUUGGAACUGGACCCCUGGGACAACCGGUGGACGGUGGUGGCUCGGCAUGCUCUGAUGCAUGACAACUAUGAUGUCUGCUUAGUUGCAAAUCUCAACCCAAGGAGUCUAAUGUCCCCACCUGCAGACUUAGUUAAACUGUGACACCUCUGUAUGAUCAGAUCAAAGUCUGUUUGGGAGAAUUAGUAAAAGAAAUCACUUAUUAUUUGCAAUUAUUAAUGCACUUAUAGCUGGGCCAAAGGCAUUCAUUUUUUCAAGCGCAAAAAGGUCUUAGUGUCCUGCUGCAUGAAAAAGGAUCUGCAGUAAAAGAUUUGCACGUUAGAAUGAGAAUGGACAGAUUCAUUUGUAAAUACAGUUUUGUUGUUUUUUUAAACUUAGUAACACCUGCAGAAAUUGAUCACAGAUCGUCAGCAACCAGAACGUAAAUCAUGGUUAUAAUUAGGGCUGUAUUUACAAUGGUUUUGCUUUUUGAUUAAUCUUGCGGUCCCAUUUAAUCAAUUGUUUAUAUGAAAUGUUCAAUACUGAGAAAAUCAGAAUAUGUGCAGAUUAAUUCAGUCAACUAAUCAUUGCAGCUCUAGUUACAACUAUGGACUUUUGGCUGUACUACAAAUUAUACCAAAAUACUGGUAAAAUAUUUGGUCAGUUACUCAAUAAAUACUGAAGCUGAAUAAUAACUGCAAGAGUAAACUGUUAUUGGCAGACUAAAUACAGUAUAAAACAUGUGUUCAUACUGUAGCAAUACCUUUGUUUUUGUGCUAUGCUUGCUAAGGCAGCUUGCUAUUGGUUUUUUUGCUAAUGAUUAUGCACUUUACCAGUAUAAUGGAGUGUGGUUGUUGUGGUUUGAACACACUUUUAAUGUAUACUUUGAAUUCAGACUUGGCUAAACAGUUGUUCUAAAGUAAUGCAGUCUACAACAACACUGCAGUAUCUCCUUCCAUCAUGACGGUUAUAAUGUUCACUUUUGUUGAAACUAGAGAGACAUUAAAGAACAUAUGAGAACAGUCA